AAAGUUUACACUACAGACUUUUCUGUCAAUGAGCACUGAUUUUUCUUAUAGAUCUAGACGUCUAGAUCUAGAUCUGGAAUCUACUACAUUCAUAAAAUAAAAAAAUUACGUCUAUAGUGGUAAUAUUAGGCGCAACGCGAUGGCACACAGACUACACACACUUAAGGGCCACCUUGGCAGCUCACUUGCUCUGAAGCCGUGCUCCCAGUCAGAUAAACCUGAGGAUGUGGUCAUUGUGUCUGCUCUAAGGACACCCAUAGGGAAAGCUAAAAGAGGAUCUUUUAAGGACACACACGGGGACGAGCUAUUGGCUGCUGUGUUUAAAGCUGUGCUAGAUGAAACUAAAAUAAAUCCCUCUGAACUUGGCGACAUAUGCGUUGGAAAUGUCCAGGAUCCACAGUCACUACUUACAGUUCGUCUGGCUCAGUUCUACUGUGGGAUCCCAGAAGACGUUCCUGCUUAUACCACCAAUCGUGCCUGUUCAUCUGGCUUGGUGGCCUUGGCUAAUGUGGCAGGCAACAUACGUAAUGGUGUGUACAGAAUUGGCCUUGCAGGAGGUGUGGAGUCAAUGAGCACCUAUGACAUGGGCAAGAACAAAAAUAUCUCCCUCAAUCCUAGAGUUGCUGACCUCCAAAAGACUCUAGACCUACUUCUUCCAAUGGGAAUAACAUCAGAAAAUGUGGCUGAAAGAUUUGGAAUAUCCAGACAGAAACAAGACGAGUUUGCUCUCAGCUCACAGACAAAAGCACUGAAGGCAGCAGAGGGAGGUCUGUUUGAUGCAGAAAUUGUGCCAGUUACUACAAAGAUUUUGGACGAAAAUGGACAAGAAAAAAUACUUACCGUAAGGAAGGAUGAUGGUAUCAGAGCAACAACUAUUGAAGGCUUGAGCAAGCUAAGACCAGCAUUCAAGGAAAAUGGUUCAACAACAGCUGGUAAUUCAAGUCAAGUGAGUGAUGGAGCAGCAGCUGUUCUUAUGAUGACACGUGAUGAAGCCCAGCGCAGGAAACUGCCCAUCUUAGGAAUUUUCCGUUCUUUUGCUGUCAAAGGUUGCCCGCCAGAUGUGAUGGGCAUAGGACCGGCUGUUGCAAUUCCUUUAGCCCUGGAGAAAGCUGGUCUCACUGUGCAAGACAUUGAUGUGUUUGAAAUAAAUGAGGCCUUUGCCAGUCAAGCUGUAUACUGUGUUGAGAAGUUGAACAUCCCAGCAAACCGGGUCAACCCCAAGGGUGGGGCCAUAGCUUUAGGUCACCCCCUGGGCUGUACAGGUGCUAGACAGGUAGCUACACUGCUGCAUGAACUUAAGAGACGAGGGCAGAGGGCCUAUGGUGUGGUGUCAAUGUGUAUUGGAACUGGGAUGGGGGCCGCCGCAGUAUUGGAGUACCCUGGCUCAACAUGAGAUCACCUGGGGACAAGAUGGAAUAUGUUGAACAAGAUAUACAGAGGACAAAUAUUGGACUCCACUUAAUCAGUUGGACUGACUUGUAUUGACUGAUAUUAACUACUGACAGUUAUUUGCUAAACCAAAUCAAUAAAUGAUUAUACCACAA